AAAUACCAGUCGGCACUCGACAACACUACAACAGUUGCCAGUCAAAAACUCAGAAAGACAGCGAGUAGCAAACUACUAACUAGUAACAUAAUGUCUUUAACGUGCUUACUUCUUAUAUAGUUGUAUGUAUUGCUGGAUAGUCAGUGGCUUCUAUUACCAUACCAAUAACCACUAACCAUUAAUUUACGGAUUAAUGUGUACGUUGUUGUAUAAUUUCGAUGUGAAAAUCGUUUACAAACCGUGUCCCUAAGCCUGAGAAUAUUAUAAUUUUAUUUAUAUUGUUAGAUACCAAGUCAGUUAGCGACCAAGUUUUUACUGUGUGAUAAUAUUAAUUUAGUUAUAUGUCAAUUAUAACCUAUUGUUAUCGAAUAACUCAAUCUAUAGAAUGUUAUAGUAUUUUAAACUAAGAAAAUGAAUGAAUCUGACCAGCAGAAUGGAGUGCUUUGUAUGCGUACUCCAAGAUCAGUUACUGAAGUGCCUUAUGUAUCACAAACGCCACCAGCUGGCCUUGCUUCACUUUACAUGCUAUGCAAAAGGAUAUACCCAGAUCAGUGUAAUCCAUUACAAGCUACAACUGUAAUUAAGUACUGGCUUGGCGGUCCAGAUCCAUUAGACUAUAUUAGUAUGUAUAAUAAUCCAGGUGAUCGAAUGAUUGGAAUUCCACCACAUUGGCAUUAUAUUAGUUUUGGUUUAUCCGAUUUGCAUGGUGAUAAUCGUGUUCAUAAUACUACAAAUGGAUCAGAUGGACCAAGUGGAUUUGGCUUUGAAUUGACAUUUCGCCUUCUUAAAGACUCUUCAGAAACAUCUCCUCCUUCUUGGCCUGCUCGUUUGAUGCAGUCACUUGCUAAAUAUGUUUUUAGAACUGGAAAUACAUUAUAUGCUGGUGAUCAUGUAUCUUGGCAUUGUGGUUUGGAUGGUAGUGAGAGCCGUUUACAACAUAUGUUGAUGGGCGAAGAUCCUCAACUACAGGUCACUGUCACACCACAUGGAUCAGUUAGAUUUGUUCAAAUUGUUGGUGCAUGUUUAGAAGAAUUACAAGCUGUUCAAAGAUGGAAUGGGCCAGGAGUAUUGCAAAUAUUGAAAAGACAUUCAGUUACUGGAGGUUCAUGGCUAAUAACAAACAUGCGUAGAGGUGAAAGUAUGUUUGAUGUGGAUCCUUCUGUUCAUGAUGAAAUUGCUGAUGGUAUCAAAACUGAAGGUUCAAAUUUAUGUGGUAUAAGUGCUCAUUGUUCAUGGGAAGAAUCAAAUAACAGAUGCGACAAAGCAUUAGUUUAUAAGUCAGUUGAACAUUCCAUGAACAAUUUACGUAUUAUUAAUAAUUCAAGAGCACCAAAUGGGGAUUUAAAAGAAACUGAUGGAAAUUCAAAUUAUAGAAGUUGUGAAUUAUCAGAAUUGACCCAAGAACAAUUUAUAGAAAAUGUCCAUUUAACUUUUAAUUUAGAAGCUGGACUUUUGCUACCUUUUGUAUUGAAAGGUCGUAUUCGACAUGGUCGUCAUUUUACUUUUAAAGCAUUAACUGGUAAUGCGACUAUUACUUUUGUUGCUCCAUCUGUAUCUGGAUCUCUUGUAAGCGAUGAAAAACCAUUUGUUGCUCAAGGGUCUUGGUUGCAAGUGUUGGUGCCAAAUAGUUUCCUUGAUACAAUGGAAUCUAGUUUAAAGUUCCUCAACGAGCCAGUUAUGGAGCCGUUGCCAAAAACUAUCAACUGGCCUGAUAGAAAUUUAACUAUAACAAUUAAUCCAGAUAAAUUAUAAAAACAAAAUUUUUUACUUUAUUACUCUUAAAUUAUUGACCCAUUUGUUUUCUUUUUCUAAAUACCUUUUAAUAUUAGUUCCUCUAAUACUUAUCUUUGUUUAAUCUUUAUUUAAUCUGUAUUAUUAUUAUUAUUAUUAUUAUUUUUAUUAUCAUUUUUUUUUUUUUUUUACAGAAUUAUUAAUUUACUUUGUGAACCUUUCAUGCAGUAUUAAAAAAAAAAAUAGUGUAAACAUAUCAUAUUGUUUUUAAUUGUAGUAUUUAUAAAUAAAAUGUCUUACUUAAAAAAUUAUAAGCAACAUACACUUUA